AUGCCGCUUCGCGUACCGGGCCUGCAAGGGCUCUCAGUGUUCAACUCACAUUUAUCGCAACGAGAGAAGGCGAAGAAGAAGAUCCGGCUGCAGCAGCCAUACAAAUGGGCUCAGAUCGUCGCGCGCAAGGCCGCCAAGGUGGCGCGCCAGGAAGAAGUCGCCAAAGCACGUGAGGCUAGCUGGGGCCACCACAUCCACGGCAUUACGACGCCCUUUGUCGAGUCGUUUGACUCAGCCGGCCAGGCAUCUAAAUCGAAGAUUAUUUUUGAGACCAACGAGAACGGCGAGUCCGUGCCGGCGUCGCUACCAACAGACUCGGAUAAGCUCAACUUCCAAUUGACCAAGCAAGAACUCGACGAGGCCGUGAACAUGGCGUACCAGCUUAGCAAACCGCUCGAGAACACGAACCGGAUUUUGGUGGACGCUGUCACCGAGGCACAGGAGCUCAAGGAGCACGAGGAGCGGCACCGCAGGGCCGUCAUUGCUCUGCAGCGCAUCUCGUCGAUGGACAACGCUAACAGCAAGAGCCGCAUGCUGAUCAACAAGCAGCGCUGCAUCGAGAAACUCGGCCGCCACAACACGGAUCAGUUUCUGCGGCCGAAGCCGCGGGCGCCGGGCCACCCAGAGCGGGAGGAGCUGAAGCGCGGUGGACCCGACACGGGCUCGUCCGAGGUGCAGAUUGCCAUCCUGACGGCGAAGAUCCGCGUGCUGGCCAAAACCUUUGAGGGCCCAUACGGCCACAAGGACAAGUACAACCGGAGGAACCUGCGUCUGCUGUGCCACCGGCGACAAAGGCUGCUCAAGUACAUGGAGCGCAAGGAACGCGGUAGUGAGAGGUGGAAGAACAUGCUCACAACGCUGGGCCUGACGGAGGCUACCUGGAAGCAGCAGAUUGAGAUCUGA